AUGAAAACUUUAGUGCCUUUGCUGUUUUUCGUGAUUGCCAUUGCAAGCUCUCUUGCUGAGAACUCAAAAUACACCACGAAAUAUGACAACGUCGAUUUGGACGAAAUUAUCAAAAGUGACCGGCUUUUGAAAAACUACGUCAACUGUCUUUUGGAGAAGGGCAAAUGCACCCCCGACGGCGCAGAAUUGAAAAGACAUUUGCCCGACGCUUUGCACACCGAAUGCUCAAAAUGCAGCGAAACCCAGAAGAACGGCAGCAAGAAAAUAAUGCGACACUUGAUUGACCACAAACGCGACUGGUGGAACGAACUGGAAGAAAAAUACGACAAGGAGGGCGAAUACCGAAAGAAGUACGAAGCCGAGAUCAAAGGCAAGAAGGAUUAA